AUGUUCUACAAGUUCCACAGUAAAAGCCCUUGGCUGAAAAGAGUCCUCGUUCCAUUCUGGACCUUCCAACUCAUCUUCAUGGUCACUCUAAUGUCCUUCUUCGUCUGGGUACUUGCCUGUGUCGGAUUCCAUAGAAAUACCAAUAUCGUCGUCCUCAUCAUCAGCGGUGUCUGCAUGGUCCUCUCUGUUAUUGAGAUCAUACUGUUUGUUGUCAUCAGGCUCUACCCUUUGACCUAUUUAAUCUUGCAGCUUGUCAAGACGAUAAUGUGGUUGGUGCUUUCUGCGCUGGCGGCUGCUGAAUCGAGGAGAGUGCAGAAGGCGACGAAGGUAGACGAGGAUCAAGGGUAUAACUCAGGGGUUACUCCGGAAUAUCUCGUCUUGGCGGGGCUUGGCGAGACUUUGGUGCUUUUUGUCACCUUCCUUGCCGCCCUCACCUACGCCAGUAUCGUAUACCACCGGCAUCGCCGCGCAAAAGCACGUUUCCUCCGCUCAGUUCAAGGCGCCGAUCUCUUCCCAGUGAUCGCUGAUGAGGAUGCCAGUCCUGUCGGUAGCCAUCGCAUUUUUCGAGCUCUUAGAAAUAGCAUCAAAGGAUUAAGCCCUGAAGCGGAGGUACCAUAUCCAGCUGAGUUGAAGGAGGCGGUGGAGGUGACUGUGUUGAGGGAAUUAGGUGGUGAUUGGGACAUGUACGAGCUGCCUGCUACAAGGAGCGUCAGGAAUUUUAAGGGGGGAAGACCCUGA